UGCUCUAGGAAAUAUUAAUUCAGUUUCAAUUAUUUCUUUGUAAGAGCGAUCGAACUGCAAUGAAAGCAUUUGUAUUUAUUUGUCUCGUCGCAUUAGCUUGUGCACAACCGCCUCCACCACCACCACCUCCCCCUCCUGGUGGCCGUCCAUCAGUUACUGAAGACUUGAUUCGAGCACAACAAGAAUUGACAAUUAGCCAUGGAUGGUCAGAAAUUUUCCUUGUUGAUAACCGUCAAAUUUUAUCGGAUUAUAUUGCAAGAAUUGAAACAGUGGCACUCGAUGAAUUUAUGGGAGCGUAUGCAGCUAUUAAGAAUACUGGAAUAGAUACCAGAGCAGCUAUGGAAGAAUUUGAAACAUCUUUCUGUGCGGAUAGAGUUAGGGAAAGAUGGGAACUUCAAGUUACACGCUACGGGCAAAGAUUGUCACAAUGCUUAGGCAGUACAUACGGUUACUUGCUUGAUUUUACAAACAUCUUGAAUCGUCUGCACGACGAAAGCAGAGAAUAUACAAACCAAAUUCCAAACACUUCAACUAACAUCUUAUCAACAAUUGACAUUUUCACGGGACGUGAUAAUCUACGUUUUUAUAUUAAUGAUGCUCUCCGUGAUCUUUACUUCCGCGCCCUUAAUUUACAUGCUGAAUUCGAAGAAUUUGUAAAUGGAAUUUCAAUUGAUCUAGAUUUGUUAUUGGAAGAAUAUACUGAAUGCUACCGAACACUUCCAGCUGCAUUUGAGACCGAAUCUGCUAAUGAUUUGGAAGCCAUGCGCUUGUAAACAAUGGUUUUGAAAAGUUUUCUCCUUUGCACGUUGUGUGCGUUUGUCUUGACAAACUGUCAGGAAAGUCCAACAGUAACAGAAGAUUUACUACAAGCACAACAAGAAUUAACAAUUGGUCAUGAAUUUGCAGAAAUUUCACUUGUUGAGAAUCGCGAUAGAUUAUCAGAAAAUUUAGCAACGAUAGAAAAAGGAGUUUUGGAUUCAUUUUUAGUCGCUUACACUCAAAUUAAAAAUAUUGGCAUUGAAACAAGAGAGUUAAUGAACGAAUUUGGUUCUUCAGAAUGUGAAGAUAGAGUCAGAGCCAGGUGGGAGUUGCAAGUUACACGCUAUGGUCAGAGAUUGUCACAAUGUCUUGGAAUAACGAAUGACUAUCUUAAUACAUUCACAAACACUUUGAAUUCUUUUCAACAUGAAAGUCGCUUUUACAAUGAACAAAUCCCUAACACUUCAGUGAAUGUUUUGUCUCGUCUUGAUAUCUUCACAGGUCGUGACAGUCUUCGUGAUUACAUCAACGACGAAUUUCGUGAUAUUUUAAUGCUUGGAGAUAAAUGGUCUAUUGAAGCUGAAAAUUAUGUUGAUUGGAUAUCUUCAGAAUCAGAUGAAAUGAUUCGUCAGUUCACCACUUGUUUCAGAAGUCUCCCAAACUGGUUUCAGAAUGAAUCGAAUCAAGAUUUACGAGCUAUUCAAGAAUGUGAUGAAAAUUAAAUAAAGUCAAAUAUAUGUUUUGAAAUUUACUUAAA